CCCUGCGGCAGCCUCGGCUCCCACCUGAGCGCCAACGGCACCGAGUGUUACAUCACCUCUGACAUGUUCUACGUGGAGGUGCAGCUGGACCCCACAGGGCUGCUCUGUGAUGUCAAGGUGGCUCACCAUGGAGAAAACCCCGUGAGCUGCCCAGAGCUGGUGCAACAUCUCAGAGAGAAAAAUUUUGAUGAGUUUUCAAAGCAUCUGAGGGGACUUGUGAACCUCUAUAAGCUGCCAGGGGACAACAAACUUAAAACUAAAAUGUACUUGGCUCUGCAGUCCUUGGAGUUGGAUCUCCAAAAGAUGGCUGGGAUGUAUUGGCAAGCCACCAAUGCAAACCCCCUGGACAAGAUCCUGCAUGGCAGUGUUGGCUAUCUCACCCCCAGGAGUGGAGGUCUCCUGAUGAACCUCAAAUAUUACGUCUCCCCCUAUGAUUUAUUUGAGGAUGGCACUGGAGCCCCUGUGGUUUUGCAUGAGAACAAUGGUAGGUGAGCUGUGGAUCUGCUUUUUCCUUGCAGUGACUCUCAU